UUGGGGGGGGGGGGGCACGUUACGUUCGUUAGCCGCCUCGCUCGGAGCAGCCGGCGGGUCAGCGUCAGUGUCGUGACUUCCCCCCAAAUCCAUCUGUCACGGCAUUUCUGUGAUCAUCUACUUCCACUGUGACUCAUGUAGUUCACAAAGCCAGGAUGUCUGGAGAGCUGUCCCUCAACAUAAACAUCAAGGAGCCACGAUGGGACCAGGGCACAUUCAUGGGGCGCGCCAAGCACUUCUUCAAGGUCACAGACCCCAGGACCGUCCUGCUCUCCUCUGACACUCUGGAUGAGGCCAGAGUGAUCGUGGAGGACUACAGAUCUGGCAUCGCGAAGCCUGGCCUGACAGAGGACGAACUGUGGCGAGCCAAGUACAUCUACGACUCCGCCUUCCACCCCGACACUGGCGAGAAGAUGUUUGUUAUAGGGCGGAUGUCUGCUCAGGUGCCGAUGAACAUGUCCAUCACAGGCUGCAUGCUCACAUUCUACAGGACUACUCCGGCAGUGGUGUUCUGGCAGUGGGUUAACCAGUCCUUCAACGCCGUGGUCAACUACACCAACCGCAGUGGAGAUGCGCCCAUCACCGUGAAUCAGCUCGCAGCAGCCUACAUCAGCGCUACCACUGGAGCUGUAGUCACUGCCUUGGGAUUCAAGUCUCUAGCUACGCGACUCCCUCCAAUCGCCAGCCGGUUCGUCCCCUUUGCUGCUGUUGCUGCUGCUAACUGUAUCAAUAUUCCAUUCAUGAGACAGAGGGAGUUAAAGUACGGUAUCCCUGUGAUGGAUGAGAAUGGAAACAGGUUAGGAGAGUCCCCUAAUGCCGCCAAGCAGGCCAUCGUGCAGGUGGUGGUGUCGAGGAUCGGCAUGGCCGUACCAGCAAUGGCCAUUCCUCCUGUUAUAAUGAAUGCUCUGGAGAAGAGAGCUUUCAUGAAGCGGUUCCCAAUUCUGAACGCUCCAGUCCAGGUGGGACUCGUCGGCCUGUGUCUGGUGUUUGCAACUCCCCUGUGCUGCGCCCUGUUCCCACAGAAAAGCUCCAUGAGUCUGAGCGGGCUCGAGGCAGAUCUGCAGGAGAGGAUUCGACAGAUCAGUCCCCAAACCACCACCGUCUACUUCAACAAGGGCCUGUAGGAGCAGCCAACACUUCUCCAUGCACAUACACGAGACAUGCAGACACUCGCAAAGACAUGCACACGUCCGCUGUCCUGUGGGCACAAGUGGGAGGGCAAUACAAAAUUUAUUUAUCCUUUUGUUUUUGUUGGUGUGUGUACUGGUGCAGAUUUGUUUUUUGUUUUUUGUUAUGAUCUUUUUUUGACUGCAUGGAGCUCCUCCAAGUGUAAGAGGGGAUGGUGUUACAUAGCUGCUCUGAAAAGUAGGGAUUCACUGAAGGUAAAGCAGAACAAUGAGAAGGAGCAUCACUGACAGUUUUCCUUAGAAAAGAAAAGAAACAGAUUUUUUUUUACAAAUUGAGUCAUGGCGUGUUUUCUGUAUUUUUGCCUAUAACUGGUGGCAUUUGCUGAUUCAUGUUUCGCCCAAUAUAUCAUGUCGCAUUCAGGUUUAUACAAGUGCUCAGAUUAAUGGUUUGUAACUCAAAUGAAGACUAGUGCUUGGAAGUCGUGUAUGUCGCUGCUUCUGAAUGUAACACAAAUUAUUGUGAGAUGGCACAACUUUUUUUUUUCUCGCAUUUCCAGUUCUUCCCUAGUUAUCGUCACAUUAUUCUGUUUGGAAAAGCAAUAUUUUUAGGCUGUCACACACUGGCUGUGGUUUGUGAAAAGUUUUUGCUGUAUAGUAAUAAUAGUCGAACCCUUGGUGAAUAAGUUCCUGACCAGGUGAAGAGGGUGCUAGGUCAAUGUGUAGGAAUCUGUCAGCACAAACGCGUACUGUCGCCAUGGUAGUGGCAACCUGUUUACCAAGGCCUUUUAAUUAUUUGAGAUCACUUUAUGAACUAGUGCAGUCGCCAUCUUUAGUAGCAUAUUGACAAGUUCUCUGAUUGUUGUUGUAGGUGAUGGUGCUGGUUUGGUGGUAGAGGGGAACGUCCUGUGUUGUUGCGUCGUAUUUGUGCUGUGGUCUGACCACAGCCGAUGCCUCGCUGCUGUCAUGCUAAAAAAAACCUCAAAUGUGUUGGUUUAAACACAUGACCCGAAGGAUUGCACGAUAAGAAGCUGCUUGGUUGUCGAGCAACCAAGCAGCUUCGAGAAAGCAAGUUCGAGAAACAACUCAAACUUCAUUAGUUCGAGUUGUUCCAUUGUACCAAAUGGACGUAACUAAUGUUGUGACAGUCAAAAUACCUAUAUCCAGGUCAGGGCAGUGGGUACUUAGUUGUGUGCACAGUCUUUGUUGAUAUAUAUAUAUAUGAUAUGAUUUAUAUAUAUAUAUAUAUAUAGCUCUCCAAACACACGGCUGUCCGUCGUGGUUCUAUAGUGAUGAUGGUGAACGCGAGGAAGUAUCCGCUCAGUUUAUUCCAGUCUGUCUUGACUGACGUAAGAAUAAGUAUAUUUUUCUUGAAUGUAUUUAUUUAAAAAAUCUAUAUAAAAUCCAUAUAUAUAUAUGACGUUUAAUGUAUGGAGCACAUAUGCAUUUUCACUUGAAGGUGUGCCUCUUGUUAGCGGAUCCACCAGAUGGCUCCACAUAUGCAUGAGAAAAAACUAUGUCAGCUGCUUGUGUGGCAGCCAGGAGACCAGUGGAGUGUGGUUUAAUAAGCGGGUGGUCCUCCUUGCUUUAGGGCGAACGAGCUCUCGGAUUAGAUUGACGAAGACACAUUUAAUACAAUAUGCUUCGAUGUUUGCGUGAUGAUGGUGUUUCAUGUACAGAAAAAAACACAGUAAGAUUGUACGGGCCAAGCUCGAAUUCACCUCCAUCAAGCGUCUCCAGUCUCUGGAGUUCUGAAAUUGUUACAAUCAUCCAUUUAAAGCGACUCCGUGUUACAGGACUGUAGCAUCUGCACAACCAUUUCUGUUUCCGCAUCUUCAUGAAGGAACUUCUACACGGACAGAAAUACACAAUGUCUGCGCUUAUGUGUGAUUCUGUAACUCAGUAGUUUCAUUCCAAAAUUCAAUCCAGAUCAUUUUCGGAAACUUGUUACCAUUCAAAAAUUUAAGAUUCCUAUCCUUAUAAAGGCCUUGAUAUGACUCCUAACUUCUGCAUGAGAAAAAGUAUUUCUUUUUAUCACUUUUAAAUGAUUGGGCGUCUCAUUAUGGUAUGACACUCUUCUCUCAGCUGCUCUUUUACUCACCUCACAGUUUCAUAUAAACGUUUAAGCCCCGCAGAAACAAUCAAAGUCUUUCGUUACGCAAACAGUCGGCGGAAGUUUCCCCGUCUCCUUCUGUAACGCAGAGUCGUGACCACGUGUGCUGCUGUGGUGUUUCAGGGUAAGCAUCAUUACUGUACUCCUAAUAUUUGUCAUAUACCAUGACUCCAUUAUUAAUACAUGUUUUUCUGCUGCAGCACUCAUGGUAGUCACCGUGUGUUGUGUUUUGGGGUGUUUUCCUGCUGAUGGUAAAACUGCACUGUAUAACCUUUGCUGUGCUGCUAUAGUAGUUAGUUGGAUUCGUGUUGCUAUUUAAAAAAGUAUAUCGAAAAUUGUAUUUCCUUCGCUGGAUGACGUUGAAUGAGUCGCGUUACUGCAAAGUUAGUAAUUCAUUUAUUAUCCAUCAGCUCAGCUUCUGCUUUUUUUCCUGUUUCCUUUUUUUUCUGCUUUUUGAAUUAUGACACAGAAAUGUCAAGAACAAAACUGGACGGUCGUAGUGAGCAUUUAAACACACCUGUGAAAACGGUGUCUCAGCUCGUGGCUGCAUUGUACCAGCCUAACACGUCACACCCAUAGACCUAGCCAAAGAUGACACGGGUAUGAGUUGUACAGGACUGAGAGCAAGAAUUGUGUAGCUUUUUAAAAAGUCUUUGUUUGAGCUUUAUUGUGCUCCUGUUUUGCCAGACUCUUCUCGUGCAAAAACACGUUUUAGUUUUUAAGAAGUGAUCCUCAACCUCAUCAGUGCAACACAGUAUUUUUUUCAAUGUCCCACAGCAUUGUCAUUUAUGCAAAGUUAACAGAAGAAUGAACUGAUAUAAAUCAAUCCCAAUAGUCAAUGGUCAUAUUUUUUGUAUCAGUUUUAUUCACAUGACAAUAUAAUCCUCAGCCCUCUAGUUUAAACUUUGGUUUUGCAUGUCAUGAAAAAGAAAAAUUCAAAUCUUUACGAACGGAAAGUAAAGACAAUCUGUUACUGUAACACUCCAUGAAUGUUUUGUUAUUUCAUGUACAUCUUUAGUAUUGUCAGUAUCAGUUCAAUGUUUUUCUCCCUUUAUUUUGUAUUGUGUUGUUGAGAAAUGUAUUUUACUCAGAACAAUAUAAUAAAAUGUGUAACAUUAAUGCCUAAA